AUGCUGUCCAAUCUCCCCCUCGGCCUGCUCUCAGCAGCAGCCCUCCUCUUCCCCAUCACCUCAGCCCAAUGCAACGGCCAAGUCGAGUACUGCACUCGCUCCUGGUCCAACAUCACGACCGUCGGCUCGCACGACUCGCCCUUUGUCGGUGACAGCCUAUCCGACAACCAAGACAUCAGCAUCACCGCCCAGCUCGACCUGGGCAUUCGCUUCCUUCAGGGCCAAACGCACAUGUCCAUCCUGGGCAAUGAGCUCGAACUGUGCCAUACAAGCUGUCUGCUUGAAGACGCCGGCUCGCUGACAGACUAUCUCACCACGAUCAAGACAUGGCUAGACGCCAACCCUAAUGAAGUGCUUACUUUGCUGCUCACGAACGGCGAUUAUGUCGGUAUCGGUAAUUUCAGUGCCUCCUUCGAGGCUAGUGGGCUGGAUACAUUGUGCUAUGUGCCGCCGACCAGUCCGGAUGUGCUCCCGAUCAAUGAGUGGCCGACACUGCAGGAACUGAUUGAUAAUGGGACUCGGGUUGUUACAUUCUUGGAUUACGACGCCGACAUGUCCACCGUCCCCUAUAUCCUCGACGAAUUCUCCUACUACUUUGAAACACCCUACGACGUCACCGACUCCACCUUCGAUGACUGCAGCAUCAACCGGCCCUCCGGCGCCUCCGCCGACGGCCGCAUGUACAUCGUCAACCACUUCCUCGACAAGGACGUUUUGGGCGCUGACAUCCCGGACCGCGACGCCGCAAAUACGACCAAUGCCGUUUCGGGCACGGGCAGUAUUGGCGCACAGACGGCGCUGUGCGAGUCGUUGUAUGGUCGGCCGCCGAAUGGGAUUUUGCUGGAUUGGGUUGAUCUUGGGGAGCCUAUUAAGGCGCAGGAUGUUAUUAAUGGGGUGUCGAGUUAG